AUCGGGAAAAAAGUUCAGUGACCCUUAUGUUCGAAUCGAACAUGAUUCUCCAAACACUGUCUUCUUCUUCUCCUCCAUUUCACCGUCUCUAUCUUCACCAUUCCCAGAUUCUUCCUUCUUCUGUGUCACCCAAGAAGAUUUCUCUUCAGAUACAUGGAAGGUCUUUGGCCAUUCGAUCUUUUCAUGAGAUUUCUGCUAGAGGUUUACCGGCUUUGAAUAAAGCUUCCUUGAAGAAGAUACCAAUCAAAGGAUCUACCUUUCUGCUGGGACAGAGCAUGUUGAUGGUUUCUGCUUACCCACAGAUGGCAGCAGCAGCAGAAAUCAUAAAGCCUGAACCGAUUUACGAAGUUGGGGAAUUAUUUGAACUUAGUAUUCAGCUUUCUUACUUGCUGUUACUACUGGGGUUGCUUGGAGUUGGUACUUUCUAUGUGAUCCGUCAAGUACUUGUACGCAGAGAACUUGACCUCUCCGCUAAAGAAUUGCAGGAGCAAGUUAGGAGUGGCGAUGCAAGUGCAACAGAGCUCUUCGAGCUUGGUGCAGUGAUGUUGCGAAGGAAAUUUUAUCCUGCAGCCAACAAGUUUUUGCAACAAGCCAUCCAGAAAUGGGACGGCGAUGAUCAAGAUCUUGCCCAGGUCUAUAACGCUCUUGGAGUGAGUUAUGUCCGAGAGGAUAAACUCGACAAAGGAAUCGCUCAGUUUGAAAUGGCGGUGAAGCUGCAGCCCGGUUAUGUAACGGCUUGGAACAACCUUGGGGAUGCUUAUGAGAAGAAAAAAGAGUUGCCGUUGGCAUUGAAAGCGUUUGAAGAGGUUUUGUUGUUUGAUCCGAACAAUAAAGUGGCUCGGCCUCGGCGAGAUGCGUUGAAGGAUCGCGUGAAGCUUUAUAAAGGCGUUGUGGCGGUUAAGUCUAAGAAACGGUGACGGCUCAAACAAGAAGCAAACUCGAACCAAGAACCGUUGGUCUCUCUCUCCCUCUUGUCUUUUUUUUUUUUGGUUUGGUUAAUAUGUAAGGAGAUUUUGUGUUAAUAUGAAAAUGAAACUUGUUUUUGUUG